AUGUCGGUAUCGGUUAUCGCAAAGCAUUUUAAUCGAACGCUAGCGUUGUCGUGUACCCUGAUCGCGAUCUCGCAGAUCAACUAUGGGUUUGAUAAUCAGGCGUUCUCGACGACGCAGUCGAUGACUGCAUUUACGAAGCAGUUUGGGGACUAUGAUGCGGAAACGGACGAGUAUGCUAUUCCGGCGUCUUUCCUGUCACUGUUAAAUAGUCUGAACUAUAUUGGGUUUGCUGUGGGGUUAAUGAUCGGGAGUCUAAUCAGUCAGAAAUAUGGGCGUCGUCGAUGCAUGUUUGCUAUGAGCUGCUAUGCUCUUGUGACUGCAACUAUCACUGUGACCUCCCAGACCAAAGCGCAGAUUCUUGCUGCACGGAUAUUGAACUAUAUUUAUGUCGGAAUGGAAUUAUCUGUGGUACCCGUUUACCAGUCUGAGAUCGUGCCUGCUCCAGUUCGUGGCUUCGUGGUCGGCACCUACCAGCUCAGCAUCAAUAUGGGAGGCGUGAUUAUCAAUGGGAUAUGCCGAGGAACUAGUACUAUCGAAGGCAACAACUCCUGGAGAAUUCCCUUCGGGCUAUUCUACGCCAUCCCUUCGAUCAUCCUAUGUCUAAUCUGGUUCAUUCCAGAGUCACCCCGAUGGCUCCUCCUCCAAGGACGCACCGACGAAGCCGAAAAAUCUCUCAAACGCCUCCGCCACGGGAUACUGACCGACGACGCGAUCGCAGCCGAGCUAGCCUCCCUAAAGCUCGGCCUGGCCAUCGAGCCCGAGAAAGGUGCCUUCACUGAGCUCUUCCAAGGCGUCAAUCUCAAGCGGACCUCCAUCGUCAUUGCAAUUAGCUUCUUCCAACAGGCAACCGGCCAAGCAUUCGCUAGCCAGUACGGCGCUAUCUUCGUCAAGUCCCUGCACACUAUUAAUACCUACAACUUUACAAUCAUAACCAGCUGCAUCGGGGUAGCAGUUUGCCUCUGGUCGAACUUCUUUAACGACAAGAUUGGUCGGCGGAAGCUCUUCAUUGCUGGUGCAUCGGUUCAAGCUGCGGCUUUAUUCACGAUGGCGGGUCUGGGAACCGCGAAUCCAGUCAUACAUGGGGAAAGUACAGGUAUCGCAGCCAUGAUGGCUAUUUUCGCGGCGGGCUUCGGACUAGGUUGGGGACCGCUCACUUAUGUGGUUGUUACUGAGCUACCUGCUUUAUCGCUUCGAGAUCACUCGCAGCGCGUUGCGUCACUGGUAAAUAUUGCUGUUAAUUUUGCAGUGACUUUUUCCAUUCCUUACCUUCUCUAUGAUGGAUAUGCAGGUCUGCAUUCGCGGGUCGGAUUCAUUUUUGGCAGUAUUGCUGUUGCCGCGUGUAUUUUUACAUUCUUCUGUGUGCCCGAUUGUCAAGGGAAGUCGCUUGAGGAGGUUGAUCGGCUUUUCCAUGAGGGCAUUUCUGUUAGGAAGUUUAAGGGAUUUGAAAUACCGCCUCUAGAUGAAGCGGAGUUGGGCGAGAAGGAGACGAGGAGUGAAACGAGGGCAGUCUAG